GAGAGAAAGAAAGAGAUGAUGAUCUCAUAAAUUGAAGAGCUCAUCCUUCUCUUUUAAACAGUGCCAUCAGAGCCUUUGCAGACUGGAAAGAAAGCAAGCAGAGAAAGAAAAGAAAGAUUUGAAGAGAGGCAGCUGCUGAAGUAUAUUGAUAUACAGAGAGAGAGAGAGAGAGAAGAGAAAAAAAACCAUGGUUUCUAGGGAGCACAAGAGACCAGCAACACCCCUGCAUGAGAAGUUUCAACUCCUUCGUUCCAUUACUAACUCUCAUGCACUGAACAAGACCUCCAUCAUCGUUGAUGCAUCAAAGUAUAUAGAAGAGCUGAAACAAAAGGUGGAAAGGCUGAAUCGAGAUAUAGCAAGUACUGCACAAAAUUCAGCUGCCCAAACUCUCUUGCCUGUGCAGGUUACAGUAGAAACCCUAGAAAAGGGUUUCCUAGUGAAUGUGUUUUCAGAGACGAGUUGCCCUGGUCUGCUCGUCUCGAUAUUGGAAGCCUUCGAGGAGCUUGGUCUUAAUGUACAUGACGCUAGUGUUUCUUGUACCGAUCGGUUUCAAUUAGAAGCAGUUGGAGGAGAAGAUGAAGAACAAGUAGAAAGCAUCGAUGCCCAGGUGGUGAAACAAGCAGUUAUGCAGGCGAUCAAGAACUGGAGUGAAAGUAUUAGCCAAUGAUCAAGAGUAGUAAAAGAAUCAUCUGUUACCUGCCUUUCCCUUUUUUGGUUUUUUUUUUCUCGGGUUUUCUUGUUGUUGUAGAUUCGGCAAUGCCUUUAAUCAAAGGGAGCAAUCCCAUUAAACGGAGUUACAAACUUACAAAUCGUUUGAAGAUGACAAAAUUUGAAUCAAAUUUC